GAGUUUGAAACCAUAAAAAUUAAUAUUAAGAAAGAACUAAAGAAAAAAAAAUGAUCUUUUUGCAUGAGUUCUUUGAGCUUCAUAGCAUCACUGCUACAUGGAAUUUCCUCUCUGCUGCUCAAAGAGAAAGGUGAAACAAAUUGUUAGACAAUUUCCACCGUGUCACUCCAGCACUGCUAAACUCCUUGUCCUCACAGUGACUGCGCUGGGAUAGGAGGUUGCUGUUCGCAGCGCAUCCCCAGCCAUCUGCCCCACACUCCUUGCUAGAAUCUGCAAGUUAACCUCAAGCAUAGCCACUCCCUAACCCUCUUCUAUCUAAACCAUCCACUUCAGUGGAAGGCAAUUUUUUAUUGCUUGCUUGCGUGCUCUCUGUCUCGCUUGCUCAUUUGACAGCUAGAGCAAAUGCGUGCUGUCCCAGCAGAUGGCAAGGGAAAGAGACCUUUGGUGGCUAGAAUAAGAGCAAACUGAGUGAUGGCAACCACUUAACCUGGUUCAGCUGCAGCCCUCAGACCCUUGAAAAUCAGUGCCAGAAUUAGGAAUGUUUUUCAGAUGUUAUGGCUGUCCUCAUUGCCCUGCUAGACCACACUGUGUUUUGUUCCCCAGAACUCACUUCUGGGAAGCAGAUCAUCUUGAAGACCUGUCAGAUCACACACACAAAGCCAUGGCUCUAUGCUGUGGAUUCUUCCCAUCAUCAAGUGCAUUAUAAAACAAGCCAAUUAAAGGUCACAUCUGUUAGUCACAACUUUUGUGGUUUGGCUCUUAUUGAACACCAAACUGUGUGAGAGCAGGACGUGUGUGUGCUCGAGGCUGUCUUGCUAUCAAGCGUGCUGCAGAGAGGAUGUGUGGUGUCAGGGCAGAGUGUCAAAAAACAAAAUUAAGGCUGCAGCUAUUUUUCACAUAUCCGUUCAAUCUGAAUGUUAGUAGCAACAUCUUUGAUGUUGUCAGUUUGCUUGCUUUUCAGUUCUUCAGGAUGAUGCUGUAGACUUGAGCAAGGCCAAAGAAGAGAAAAUUCCUUGCACAUAAAGUGAAGAGCAGUUCAUUCACACCACUUCUUGGCUCCAGUGCUUCAGCAGACAUUUGUAAAUUAUCACUUAUCUGUGGGAAGCAAGGAUCUUUCUUCAGAAACCAAAUUAUUUUCUUUUUGGUCUCACCAAAGCUUAAAGAGAAACUUGAGCUACUGAAGGUCGUUUUCCUCACCUCUCAAUCUAGCAGACAGCUCUUUUCUCAUCAGAUCCCUUCCACUGCAACUCCGUCCCACUCAGACACUGAGGCCUCGCUGCUUCCUAAAGAGUAAACUAAAGUGGCUCCCACCUUCUUCCUGUUGUGGUGGCAGGGAUCUUUUCGUCUCUUUCCUCCAUCUUCUCCCACAAGCGGGAGUCCAGCCAUACAACAGGAUGCUCACACGUUUCUGUCAGAUGGAGCACACCACUGACCAGUUUCCUGAGCGAUACCUGCUGCAGACGGCGACGGCUGAGCAGCUCGCACUGCACGGGGCUGCAGGAGGAACCCCAAAAGAUCGCGGCGAAGAUCGCAGCGCGUCCUGCAGCCCGCGGCGGGCGCGGAGCGGGGAGCGGAGAGGUGCGGAGCAGCAGCACGGGGAGCAGCAACACGGAGCAGCCAGAGAGCAGCCGGAGAAGCCAGAGAGCAGCCGGAGAGCAGCCCGGAGCAGCCUGGAUCAGCGCCCUUCGCUGCCGCCCGCCCCGCAGAGCGGCGGGUUGCAGGCUGAAUCCUUGGAUUUGACGACUUGUUGAUGCCAGUGAGAUUCACACGUGGACCUUCAAGAGGAGAGACUUUCUGACAGCCCUGCUCCACUCCGCCUGACCCUAUGACUGGGGGGUUCACCAUAGCUCCAUCCUUUGCUGUCCAGUUCCACAAGAUGGGUUCGUUCAGAAGGCCACGACCUCGCUUCAUGAGCUCCCCUGUCCUCAGUGACCUGCCACGUUUCCAGGCCGCCCGGCAGGCCCUGCAGCUCAGCUCCAACUCGGCGUGGAACAGCGUUCAAACAGCAGUGAUAAAUGUGUUCAAAGGGGGAGGCUUGCAGAACAAUGAACUUUACACCCUCAAUGAAAAUAUCAGACGGCUGCUGAAGAGUGAACUGGGAUCCUUCAUCACUGAUUACUUUCAGAACCAGCUCCUUGCGAAAGGCUUGCUGUUUAUAGAGGAGAAGGUUAAGCUGUGUGAAGGUGAGGAUCGCAUUGAGAUCCUGUCUGAAAUUUGGGAUCACUUCUUUACAGAGACUCUUCCAACGCUCCAGGCAAUAUUCUACCCUGUCCAGGGUCAGGAAUUGACUAUUCGUCAGAUCGCUCUUCUUGGCUUCCGCGACUUGGUGUUGCUAAAAGUGAAGUUGGAAGAAAUUCUUCCUCUGGUCCAGACGAAGCUCCCAGCUUCCAUUGUCCAGAUGCUGUUAAUUCUGCAGAGUGUCCACGAGCCCACUGGCCCUAGUGAGGGCUACCUCCAGCUGGAAGAACUGGUGAAGCAGGUGGUGUCGCCGUACUUGGGUUUGUGCGAGGACCACAGCUUCUCUGGUGGCACCUGCUUGCUUGUGAGUGAACUGUAAAGGCCCCGCCACUGUCCACACAUGCCUCUUUCUCAAGGCCGUUGGGAUUUUAAAGCUGCUCUCUCUGGUCCAUGCCUGAUGUGCUGCCCUCACCCUCUCUUGCUGGUGAGAGAUUGCACCUGUUCCUUGUCUGACUGCUCUCUGUUCCUGCUUGCUAACCUGCACUGACUGCCUCAACUCCUGCACUCACUGCUGCAUCCACCACCCUUACAGCCAGCUAAAUUUUUGUUUACUUAUCCUGAGAGAUUACACUUGUUUGUUUGUUUUUUUAUUAUUUAUUUAUUAUUUAUUUAUUUCAUGGAGUCUUUCUUCAAUCUGAGGACUCUUUAAAAAGAAAAUCUGUAUUUAAAUUGUGGAUAGAUGGGGCUAGGAGAGAGAACUGGCACUGCACUUCAGAAAGGGCGUGCUUACUGUGGAAAACUUUAGACAUGAUCCAGGAGCUCUGCUCACAAUUAUGCUGAGCAAGAAAGGAUCGACCAGCUAAGGAAUAGUUCUGGCAAUCCUGGUUUGGUAACCAUGAAGAUUUAAAUGGAGCAAGUGAAGAAAGUUCCAGUCCCCCUCCUGUUCUGUGGCACUUUAUAAGCUGCAGCCUUUACUUGGAUACACCCGUGGCAGCCCUAAGUUAGCUGAAGACACGCAGCCUGUCUUGUAUUAUGCCUCAGUAGCACAGGGUGAAGGAUGGUCUUAUGGCAGAAGGACUUUUCAGGACUCGAAUGAUCUGUGUCAGCUCUUGUAGCUGUUGGGCAAAUAAAUAAGGUAUCUUUUAUACAAGUUAACAUGGUUAGAUUCUUCAGCAUUGAGUUGCAGACCUCAUCUGAGGCUAGAUCUAGACCACAAACCCCCAUAAAUGUUGAGCAAAUUUGUUUGGCUGUUUAUGGAUGCCUGCAUGCUGCUGGGAUAGUGUGAGGUGUAGCUGCCUGACUCGUGCUGAAGCUCCUAGCCAUCCUGGGUUCCUGCCAGCUGCACAAAGCACUAGUGUCAUGAAACAAAAAUCCACAAGAACUGGCCUUGUAAAGUUUAUGUGCCUCAAAAUCAUUGUGCUUGCUUUGAUUUUAGCUCUGAUUUAUUUGUGUAUAUUCCCAGGGUGGCCUUUUGCCCUUGCUCCACCCUGUGCUGAGCAGAAGGAAAGAAAAAAACUUGUGCUUGCAUUACAGAGCAUUGACAAAGAGCAGCACCUUUCUGCAGAUAAUCUUGUCGCUUUCAAAGUGCUCCUGUGGUGGUCGUUUCUUUUAGUAACUGCCAUUUCUCAUCAAAUUUCUUUCUCUUUUCUCUUUCUCUCUUUCUGUCACCUUUGUGCUUUCUCAGAACGAGUUUAUUCUCCCGCUGGGCAGUCAGUAGUGAUGGGAAUCCCAUUAGGCUCCUUGCCAUACAGUGGCUCUGUAGCAGCUCUUGUGAAGCCUGCAGUUGGGCCUCAGGUGUGCUUGUGGUCUCACUGGAGUCCAAACUGCCAUCAGGACUGCAGCCUUCAAGAUGCAUGGGUAAUGGGAAAUGUGACUGAAGGAGGUAUCUUGUCGUGGCUGCAAACAGACACAAAGCUUCGGCCUUCAAGGCUGCAGUAUGUUAAACUUGAUAUAAACCAAGAGAGGAGUGCAGCAGGAAUAGGUGUGCAAGGGAGCAGAGCAGCUCGCAGAGGGGAUUCGAGGAAGGCAGCCUCCCUCAGCAAAGUCACAAAUUACAAAGUCAAGAUGGGGCGUGGAGAAGAAUGCUGUAUCCCCAAACCCAACCCAGAUACCAAAGGCAGGCUGCACUCUGCCCACUUUUACCUCUGAGCUCUCUUGUUACCCCUGCAUUGGCAGGAGCAUCAGGGUGCAGUUGAUUCAGUUGUUUUGUGUUCCUUUUGCUCUGCUGUGGUGCUCUCCUGUUACCCACCCUUCUUGCUUCUGCCAUGUAAAUGAGCCACAACCUGCGUUGUAAGGAUGUAUGCCGGGUGGAUCCAGUUGUCUGAGAAACAAUGUUUAAAGUACAAAUGGAGAAGAAGAUAAAACGUUCACCCUAUUUCCCCCACAUAUUAAACAUAAUAUUAUUGCUGAUUUGAGGUUGCCUGCAAAAAUUCCUGAAAAACUGCAUGACAGUUCCCUUUAGAGAGCAUCUUCUGUGGCCGUUGGCAAGGUGCACAGCGGUCCCUGAGAGGUGAGAUGACUUCCUUUCCUCUAGAAGCCCACGGGAACCCGAGAAUUAAUGUUUGAGUUUUCUGCCAGCUCCUUUGCCUUCUGCACCACGAUGUGGUUGUGGCUGAACUUCAGUCCCGGAGCAUAGCUCUGGGCAGUGAGGUUUGGGUACGUUAACCUGAGAUGCUUUUCUCUCCAGAGGACUACUCUGAGGACGAUUUUGAAUGAGAAAGCUCCUAGGACAAGAUCAGAGUGCGUUAUGUCAGCGCUCAGCUGCUUUGUGCUGCUUUUCCUUUCAGACUUUGUCUACCUGGAUGGAGUUCUGUGCCUUACAGCUCUUGUGGUGACUUGGUACGAUGCAUACAUAGCGUUACAGAGGUGAGGCAGUGCCCCACUGCGUAAUGAGAUAAGAGAGAGAUAAAGGACAGGUGGCUCGCAGAAAACAAAGCUGGAAGGUGUCGCACAUUCUGAUGCUUCUCGGCCAUCGGUUCGUAGCUGGAGGUUGUGCAAGAGCUGCAGGCUGUUUGAAAUUUUACAGGGAACUGUGAUUGCUCUAUCAAGCAAUUAAAGGGGGGAAAGUAAAGCAGUAAAUGUAUAUUCAGAGCUUAGCUUAAUUUUUAUCUGGCUCUCAUCAUAAAGGAUUUUACCUUUGUUGCACAAAAAUCACCGGUGAAAGGCAUUGCUUAAUGCCUUUGCUGUUGUGGGGAGAAAAUACCACACGUGGAUGCAUGUUCACCCUGAUUCAUGGGUGGUUUUGCAAGCUCAGCUGCAGUGUGCCUCCUCUGCCCUUGCGGUGUAUCUGGGUUACGGUGGUUACUUCAGCCUCACGGAGCUCAGGGCCUUUGCUUUAUUUUGCACACAGCAGGCAGCACAGCGCGCCUGUUCCCGUGCUGCUAUAGGUUUUGGGGGGAAGAGUGCAAACUGCUGCAGUAGGUGAUGGAGCAAGGGACACUUGUUGACCAUUUUGCCACAGAAGCCAGAGAUGUAGCAGCAGAGGAUGUCAGGACCAAUUUUCCAGUGUACGUGCCCACAGGGUAGCCAGGCUGGGCAGGAGUAAUUAAAUGUUAUUGCUUCCUUCUCUGUGCUCGCUCUCAGUGGACUUUAAUCUCUCAGGUUAUCGGGCUCGGCUGUUUCAGCAGCACUAAAAGUUUACACACAAGCUGGCAUUUUUUUUCUCACGGGAAUAUUUUUAUUUAUUAGGUGAACAUCAGGCCAUGGCCAUGAUUUUUCUUUUCCCUGUGUAUCCCAGCUUUUUGGGGAAGUGCUGCAAGCUGUCUCUGUUUAAAUGAAGCAUGUUUUCCUAUUUAAAUGUGCUGUUUAGGAACAGAGAAGAGCAAAGAUUUUGCCUUUGCCUGCAAAACCUUCAGUGAUGGAGUCCGGAGAAUGGGCAGCUUGGUGCAUGGCUCAGUUCAGCUGAAUCUCCUCAGGCCUCUCUCGCUAGCCAAGAAACCUCUGCGCAGCUGAAGGCAAGGCAGGACAGGCAGAAUGGAAAUGUUCAUUUGUGGAAUGGGGCAUUGUGAUGAACACAACUUUAGGAAGCUACUGGCCUCCCUUUAGCCUCUCAGCCCCAGAGCUGAGCAGGUCUGGGUCUGGCAGUGCCGGUGCUCAAAACCUCGUCUGUUCAUUCUCUGAAGUGCAGCAUGAACCAAACCAUCCUAAUGAGCACGGCUGAGAGCAGCAGGGUGAAGCUUUGUCAUCGCCUGGCUGCUGCCAGUGGUGGGGUUUUGGCUGCUCAGCCAUUCCUCCCUGUAACAAUCCCAAGUUUGUUUUCUGCCUUUCUCACUGAUGCAAGCUUCCAAAACUGUUUCAUAACCUUCCGCGAUGAGUGCUCUGCUUUGAAUUUUGUUACUGUCUCUUACGCUUUGCGGUCUUGGGGGAAGUAUUGUACGUAGUCUGCAAGGCUUCUGACUUCAGGAAACGAGACCCUGUGCUUCAAGGAAGUUGGUGAGAUGCACACGCAGGCUGGGAAUAGCUUUGUCAGCUGCCCUGGGGGCAGGUCACUGGGGUGUUCAACACCACACGGCGAUGCUGCGUGGCGGUGGCAGACAGGAGGUGAGAAGUGAUGCUGUCUGAUUAAACCUGCCAGGGGACCCAAGGCAAAAACCCAGAUGCCAGCUUUUCUUAAAAUUUUCAGUGUCAGAACUGAAACAGCGCUCAUGAAGCGGGGCUGGGGACCAUGCCUGGGGCUCAAGUUUUAAACCAAGAGACUCAUUUGUCCCCCUGAAUGGUCUGUCCCCCCUCCAGGCUGUUGUGCUGUGCACUGUCAGGUGUUUUCAGUGUCUAGCCCCAAAUGCAGGCGUGUUUCAGAAGUGGAUGAAAUAUUCUUUUCCUUGUGUGAUCUUUAAAAAAAUGCAGUGGGAUCUGCAGCAAUUUUUUUUUUUUUUUAAAUUGCAGUGGGGGGCAUUUCCUUACUGCAGGAGAGGCAGCCCUCCUUCCCAACUCCCUGGCAGGAUGCCCUGCAGAGCAUCUGAGCAGUGGCACCAGGAUGGCAAACUCAGCGUGGCUGCAAGCUGAGCGCUCUCCGUUCCCUGCGGCCAGCCCCGCAGCUCAGACAAGGCUUUGCCCGAGCCCUGCUGAUGGUUCCUGC